AGUCCACACGUGAUGCAUAGCUCUCGGUCCGGAGCCGCCGCCGCCACCAGCAAGCACCACGCACACCUUCACGACACUGUACACGCAACACCUGGUGGUGCAUUCACAUUCACGAACUCCGCUCGCUUUCCCUCGUCUACCCAGUUCUUCUCAUCUGGAAUGAAGCUGGAUCUCGACCAUCUGCCUUGUUUCUAAGUGCAGCCCAGCCCCAGAGUUUACCAUCUUAGAUACACACACGGAGCUCGGCGCUUUUACCUUCGUACCUUCGCUCAUCCGCGCAUAACGCAUAACGACACCUACACACACACCUACGUCACACGAUGAGGUGGAAAAAACCUUCCACGCCGGGUCUAACAGCAGCCCUGCUCCUCGUCGUCGUUGCUUCCACUUCCGCAUCCGCCGCCGCCGCCGCCGCCGAACCCGCCGCCGCAGCAACAACUAAAUCGCUCGAAGACCCUUCUCAACAAGCCUCAAAAUAUGUCACCGAAGCGCGUGCGCUCCUACGGGGUCUCGAUCCGGCACCGCACAUCUCCCUGUCUGGGUCCGCUUCCUCAUCCACGGGCGAGGACAGCGGCCUUCUCGGCGCCGCGUGGUACUAUACGAAGCGGGUGCUGCUGUGGCAUGCGGCGGAGUCGCUCGAGGAGCCGACAACGACGACGUCGAUGAAGAAGAAGGAUGUGGGGGUGGUCGGAGGGACGGGUGUCCAUGGCAGGAAGCUGAGGAAGGCGGUCGAGCUGCUUAAUAUGGCGGCUGAACCGGGGAAUAACGAUGCGCUGUUUUUGCUCGCCGAGAUGAAUUUCUACGGGAAUUGGUCGCAUCCGAGGGAUUACAGCGCCGCGUUCAAGUGGUAUAAGCAGCUGGCGGAUCACUCGGCGAAUGCGACGGCGCAGCAUAUGAUCGGGUUCAUGUAUGCGACCGGGAUUGGUGGGGUGGUGUCGAAGGACCAGGGAAAGUCGAUGCUGCACCAUACGUUUGCUGCUCUGGGGGGAAAUACACGCUCGGAGAUGACAGUGGCUUUCCGACAUUACCAGGGGAUUGGAGCGCCGAGGAAUUGCGAGGAGGCGGCUUAUUACUACCGACGGGUGGCGGAGAAGGCAUUGAACUGGUGGGAGUCGGGACCGCCAGGUGGUCAUUACCUCCAGAAACAUACUUUCCGGCUGGCGGAUGAUCAGGGAGGUGUGUACGGCGAGGGUGCGUCGGCGAUUUCAUCAGGAGCAAACGGCGCGCGUCAGAAGCAAUCGCUCGAUUCGGCAAAGGAACUGGGAGACAUCGUCGAAUACCUGGAACUGCUCGCCAGGGACGGGAAGCUGCCGGAAACAAUCUCGUUGGGCAAGAUCUACUACGAAGGGUCGCGGAAUCUUCCGAGGAACAUUCCUAAGGCGAAGGAAUACUUCCUGCGCGUUGCUCGACAGUACUGGGACCGCGAUAGCAAGGUUCGCCCCGGUGGGCCGCAGUAUCUGGGGAAGUUUGCUGGUAGGGCGGCAGGCUACCUGGGGAUCAUGGCGCUGAGGGGUGAGGCUGGCCCGCAGGACUUUGGACUUGCGUUCAAGUGGUUCAAGCGCGGGAUCGAUUGUGGGGAUGCGAACUCGCAGAACGGCAUUGCGUACAUGUACCUGUACGGCUACGGCAUCAAGGAGGAUCGCGCAAAGGCAUCGGCAUUCUUCAAGACGGCGGCUAGCCAGGACUUUCCGGUCGCUCAGGUCAACUAUGCCAAGAUGCUGCUCGAGAACGGCGAAAUCGAGCACGCCAAACGAUACCUCGAGCUGGCGGCUAGGCACGGAAAUGUAGAGGCGUUUUACUACUUGGCUGAAAUCAACAAUGCCGCUGCGUCCAAGGACCGGUCUUGCGGCCUUGCUACCGCCUACUACAAGAUCGUCGCCGAGAAGGUGGAACCACCGCAGAGUCCGAUGGCUUGGGCCAACAAAGCGUAUGAGAACGGAGACACGGAGAGCGCGUUGGUCGGGUAUAUGAUGGCCGCCGAGCAAGGCUACGAAUCCGGCCAGGCAAAUGUGGCCUACAUCCUCGACGAACACCGAUCCGCCUUCCCGCUGGAAACGCUGCUCGCACUGGCCGGGGCUGCUCCCACAAAAACCCCCGAACAGCUCGAGAAGGCUCAACAAGAUCAGGAACUGGCGCUUAUCUACUGGACACGAUCGGCGAAGCAGGCCAAUGUUGACUCCCUGGUAAAGAUGGGAGACUACUACCUCUCCGGCAUCGGCACGGAAGUCGAUCCGGUUAAGGCUGCCUCCUGCUACAGCGCCGCAGCCGAACACCAGGCAUCUGCCCAGGCGCUCUGGAACCUUGGCUGGAUGCACGAGAACGGCAUCGGCGUAUCGCAGGACUUCCACCUUGCCAAACGCUACUAUGACCAAGCGUUCGAGACCAAUCCCGAAGCCUACCUCCCAGUGACGCUCUCGCUCUUCAAGCUCCGCCUGCGCGCACUGUGGAACACCAUCACCCACGGCGGCGUCAAGGGCAUCGGUCCAGAGCCCAAGAAGAAGCGCGUCAGCUUCAGCGAGUUCCUCAAGAACUGGUACGAGGCCGCCGCCGAGGCCGAAGCCCAGGUUCUGCACGAGGAGGAUGAGCUCGCCGCUGCUGGUGGCGGUGGCGGCGGUGGCGGUGGUGCUGGUGGUGGUGGCCAGCAGCAACAACACCUCCCCGGCGAUGAGUAUGGCUACGACGACGCCUUCGACGAGGACAUGGCCGAAAGCAUCAUUAUCCUGGCACUCGCCGGCGCCGUCGCCCUGCUCGUCUACUACCGCCAGUGGCGGCAGCAGCAGGCCCAGAGACGCGAGGACGAAAUGCGCGCGAGACGCGGGGUACCGCCUGCUGGUGCUCCCGCCCAGGUGCCCCAACAGCAGCAGCAGCAGCAGCAGCAGCAGCAGCAACCGCAGCCGCCAGUGGGCAUAUGGGAUGAUCCCGGGAUGCCCGGGUGGGGGAUGCCGCAUUAGAUUGUUGUUCGGGGUAGCUUGAUGUAUUGUACAGUACGGCUUUCUUUUUUCUGUUCUUUUUCUGUUGUGUGGUUUUUUUAGAUAGCUAGGAUUCACUUGGGAUUCAUGGGAUUCAUGGGAU